CAUUUUUAAUUAAAUCCACCUCACUGUUCUUGGAGGAUCAGUCUGUUGGGAAGACCAGUAUAAUCACUCGCUUCAUGUACGUUCUGCCUCCAUCGACGAUGAGCUCAAGUCUUGGGAGUUGGGACGCUGAUUUCGUCAAGGUCGAUCAAGCCGUGCUCUUCGACCUAAUCCUGUGGAACAUGUAGGAAAACAGAGAUCCUGCUAAAGUCAAGUUAAAGAGCUUCGAUUCAUGUUUAUUACAGUGCAAUUCAGAACUCGUGGAUCCUGCUAUUUUUUUAUCUAUUGCCAAGCUACCACUUUUACGGCUUAUAGCAAAUGAAUUUAUUGAAGUGGGAGAGGGGAUGGGGCCAUGGGAACUUGCUGUAAGAACCCUGGUGAGGAGCAGCUGUGAGCGUGGAGGGAUAAAAAAGACAAUGAAGCGAGGGAUAGGAGAGAAAGAAAAAAGAAAUUAAUUUAAUUUAAUUAAUAUUAAAUUUAAAAUUUUUAAUUAAAAUUCCAUGUGUCAUUUUGAGAGUUACUUUUACGGAGUUAACGCUUUAGAUCAAAAUUAGUAAUGAAAGUAAAAUUUAAAUCACUUUUAAUAAAAGAAAUAAUUUAAGUACGUAAGUGAAAAAAAUUAUAAUUCGGGUCAAUUUUUUAUUUAAGCCUAAAAAGUAACUUGACAGAAUGUUUUGACUCCGUCACGUGGUAGAGUCCACCGGAGGACCGGUCGGUUGUCAUUUUUAUCCACUCAAUAAUCCGCCACGUGUCAAAAUAGUCAACGUCUCUCCUUCAAUGACUUGGCGUGGCAGUGAAAUAGAUUGCAAAACUGUACCGCUUGAUGUUGGCUUCCGCUUUCAGAAAUAAGUCCCUGUUUGUCAAACGGCGUAGUUUCUUUUAGCUAUUCCUUGGACUCUCCCACCCAAAAGAAAAAAAAAAGACACUGAAAACUCAGAUCUCUGCCAUCUCUAUCGGCUCUUCCCCACCCUGCUAUGGCAGUGACCUCUGCUGCCGCCGAGAGGAUCGAUCUUCCGCGGUCUUCUAUGGAUCGUUCUCUUUCUAAAGCAGUCUCCGACGACGUUUCUGAUUCUUCAACUUCGCCAAACGAUUCCUCGCCUACCGACACGCCUGAUCGCAACGAUGCUUCCAAUGCUUCACCCAACCCUAGCUACAAAGAUGUUGAUAUUCAGUCUCAGUCAGCAUUGAGGAGUGAAGAAUACCGCCAACUGUUUAGGCUUCCACCUGAAGAGUUCCUUGUCCAGGAUUUCAACUGUGCAUUCCAGGAGAGUAUUCUUCUUCAGGGUCACAUGUACCUGUUUGUUCAUUACAUUUGCUUUUAUUCCAAUAUAUUUGGAUUUGAAACAAAGAAAGUAAUUGCCUUCAACGAAAUUACAAGUGUUAACAGAGCAAAGACUGCUGGAAUCUUUCCUAAUGCAAUAGAAAUUUUUGCUGGAGGAAGGAGGUACUUCUUUGCAUCAUUCCUAUCUCGUGAUGAAGCUUUCAAGAUCAUUAAUGAUGGAUGGUUGCAGCUUGUCAAUGGAGCCCAAGAAAUUACAGAACAACAGGAAUCCAUGUCUGAGUCCAGCACCCAAGAGAAUGGCUUUGUUGCAAUUGAAAAUACCAAUAGCUCACUAAACCCCUUAAAUGACACGGAAUCUGCAGACAGGCAUGAGGACGCUCCCACUUCUAGUGGCUCUAAGGUUCCAUCCACUUCUGACACUAAUGCAGAAGUAGGUUGUGGAUCAGUUAUAAAUACUGGGGUUUCAGCAUCAGAAGGUACCUUUUCAUGGAAGCCAGAGAAUUGUGAUGCACCAAAGGUUGCUGAAUGUUUUACCAGGGUUGCAGAAACAAAGUUUCCGAUUAAGGUAGAGGAGUUCUUCAAUUUGUUUUUUUCGGAUAAUGCUGUUAAUUUCAUUGAAUCUUUUCAUAGAAGGUGUGGAGAUAAAGAAUUUAAGUGCUCUUCAUGGUGCCCUCAUGACAAAUUUGGACAUGUCCGUGAUGUGUCAUUUCAACAUCCAAUAAAAAUAUACUUUGGUGCAAAAUUUGGUAGCUGCCAGGAGGCCCAGAAAUUUCGAAUUUACAGAAACAGUCACUUGGUUAUAGAGACAUCACAAGAGAUCAGUGAUGUACCAUAUGGAGAUUAUUUCCGUGUAGAGGGGCUUUGGGAUGUAGAAAGAGACAAUGAUGGCCCACAAGAAGGCUGCGUUUUGCAGGUUUAUGUUAAUGUGGCUUUUAGCAAGAAAACUGUUUGGAAAGGGAAAAUAGUGCAGUCUACUCUUGAAGAGUGUCGAGAAGCAUAUGCAACGUGGAUAGACAUGGCACAUGAAUUGUUGAAGCAGAACAUUGAUAAACAAGGAGGGGUAAAGCCUUCUGAAAGCUCAAGUGGAAAUGGUGAACUCCAAGUUGAAAGGGAAGUGGCUACCACGGAACCUUCAGAAAGAUCUCAUACCCUAAGUGAUCCAGUAAGGACAUUGCAGAUGUCCGAUUCUCUGGAUGUUAACCAGAGAAUUGGGAAUCUUUUGCAAGAAAGUUUGACUAGUGCUUUAUCCAUUGCAUCUUUGUUAAGCGAGUUUGCGAGGAAAUCCUUCUCAUACUUGAAAAGCCAAGGCCAUAUUUCACUAGUCUUAGCUGUUGCCUUCGCUGUGAUUCUCCUGAUGCAGGUAAGCAUCGUUGUGCUAUUAAACAGGCCACAACAAGUGCAUGUGAAUUACCCAGUUGAGUACAUGGGUAGCAUGAUGAGAGGUGGUGGAGGUGGAGGCGGAGAAAGCAGAGCUGAAGCAGUGGCUUGGUUGGAGAAGCGGAUGCAUCACCUUAAAGAAGAGACGACGAUGGUUGAAGCUCGGUUAGAGAGGAUGUGGCAUGAGCAUGCUGCUUUAAAAGCACAGUUAAAAGAAUUGGGGUAUCCGAAGAAGCAUAAUAGAUAAAAUUCUUACAUGGAUAGUUUUUUUUUACGAAGGAGUAUUUUUCAUAGUAAAUCAUGAAAAAUCAGACAUGCAUUUCAUAUAAUUAGUAUAUGUAUGUAGAAGUCUGUAAUUGAAAUCAUAUAAACUGUUUGGUUGAUAAUGAAUGAAUGAAAUAGGGGUUGGAAUUUA